AUGUUUUGGGGAACUCAAGUCACUCAAGGAUAAUCAUAUAAGCUAACAGCUGAAGAAGCUACAGUGAUCCACGUCUCUAAUGUAGUUCUAGCAGAUGGUGAUAGCAAGGUUUAAGUCUACGCUAAAGUAAAGGGAAAAGAAUUUGUACUUGCUAACCUUGAAAAAAAUAAGUUGGAAUAAGCUUUUUUGGACCUUUACUUUAGAGUUGAUCAAUAGGUUGAGAUUGGAGUUAAAGGAAAGGGUUCAGUUCAUCUUUCAGGCUAUGUAGAACCAGAUGAGGAGGAAUUGAACGAGGAUUUGGAUUUUGAAGAUGAUGAGAGUGAGGAAGUUGAGGAAAAAAAAGUUAAAAAGCCUGAACCCACUAAAUAAGCUGAAUAAGUCAAAUAAUAGCCAAAGGAACAAUAAAAGCCAUAAACUUAAUAAUAAUAAAAACCUUAGACAUAAUAAUAAAAGCCACAACCACAACCACAAAAAGCACAACCAGAAUAAUAAUAAAAGGCUAAGCCUCAAGCUCCUACUUAGAAACCUUAAUAACAAUAGCCCAAAAAGGCAGAGGAAGAUUGGAAUGAUGAUGAAGAUGAUGAUGGAGAAGAUGAAGAACUUAUCGACCAAAGUGAUGUCGAUGAUGAGGAGGUAGACAAUGACUUAGGAGAUGAGGAAGACGAUGACGAAGAAAAUUUAGAUGAUGAAGAUGAUGAAGAUGAACCUUAAUAAAAUAAAAAAUUCCUUAAAGGAAACUAAGGUUAAUAAGUGAAGCCAUAAUAGAAAUAACAACAGAAACCUUAAAACUAAAAACAAUAAUAUAAUAAAUAAUAACAUUAAGGAAACCAAUAAUUUAAAUAAGGUUAGAAGCCUUUCUAAUAAAAUAAGAAAGGACAAGGUCAAUAUAAUCACCAAAACAAAGGAGGAAACUAAAACCAUUAGAACAAUUUCAAGAAAAAUAAUAACUUUAAUAAUAAUAAUAAUAGAAAGAACUUUAACAAAAAGAAUAACAACAGAGGUGGAUUUAAAGGAGGUAGAUAAUGA